CAUUUGACCGUGUGCAGGACACCACAUCACAACCAGUUGUUUAUUUGAAGCCACCCCCUUCUUUCUUCUCUGCUUCCUUCUAUACUGUCAAAGCCUACCCUAUAUAGAAGAUCAAAGGAGGAGGAGGAGAAGAAACAGCGCAGAAGUUAGGACACCACGCCACACACCCAGUAGUUUAAAGCCUCCUUCGCCUGUUUUCUCUUCUGUUCCCCUCUCGUGGACUCUCAAAGCCUAGCCUAAGUAGAAGAACAACGAAGGGGGAGAAAAAGAAACAGCUCAGAACUCAGAACCCAGAACCAACAAGUAAAGCAACAGCUUUUUUUUUUUUUAGUCAUUUCUCUUCAUCUGGGUACCAAAGUGUCAAACGAGGAGAGAGAAAGAAAGAGAAAUGGGGCAACAUCACCGUUAUCAUCAGCCUAGACAGGUUGAAGAAGACGGAGAAGAUGACAGAGAGUACUCCCCUACCCUUGUUCUUGAUUGGGGAACCAAUGGUUUUUACAAGAGAACAAAGCGCAAGCUACUCCCUUUGCUCUUCCUCUUCUCAUUUGUGUCUUGCAGCUUAAUCUUAGUCCCUCAGCUUUUCAGCUAUUCUGAAACUCUUUCCUUCCUCCAUUCCUUCCAGCUGGGAAGCGAUGGACCUAGUGCUGAUCAGAAAGCAGAACCGCUCCCUUCUUCAACCUCUGAUGAGGCCCUUCUUUGCGAUAGGAGAGCAUUUCGCUAUGAUACCUGUUUAAUGAAAGGGGAUAUAAGGAUUCUUGCUGCUUCUUCUUCUAUUAUAAACUAUCUUCCAUAUGGCGAUCAUAAUGAGCAAGCACCAUUCUUCAAUGAAGAUGUAGGAUUAGAAGAAGUCGAAGAAGAGGAACUACAUCACGAGAAAAUUAAGCCUUAUACUCGCAAGUGGGAAACGAGCGUCAUGAAUACCAUUCGUGAUGUUGAGCUUAUUGUGAAGAAGUAUCAUCUUACCCCUCGCCAUGAAUGCGAUGUUCGACACACUGUUCCUGCUGUGAUUUUCUCUACAGGUGGCUACACUGGUAAUGUCUACCAUGAAUUCAAUGAUGGACUUAUCCCUCUUUACAUAACCACUCAACACCUCAAGAAGAAAUUUGUGAUUGUUGUCGCCGACUACCAUCGUUGGUGGUAUAGUAAAUAUGGAGAUAUCCUCUCCCAUCUCACUGAUUAUCCCCCAAUCGAUUUUUAUGGAGACUCAAGAACCCAUUGCUUCCCUGAAGCCAUUGUUGGUCUCAAAAUCCAUGAUGAGCUCACUGUGAAUGCAUCCUUUAUGCCGGGGAAAGAGAGUAUUAGAGAUUUUCGCAAUAUUCUAGACAAGGCCUAUUGGCCUCGGAUAAAGGGCAUAAUUGAAGAGGAGGAGGGAGACAGAGUGGCUUCAUUGUCAUCAUCAUCACCAAUUCCAUUAGAAGAAGAAGUUCAAGGACCAAAGAAAUGGAAGCCAGUACUGGUUAUCAUAUCUAGAAAUGGAUCCAGAUCGAUAACUAAUGAAGCUGAAAUGGUGAAAUUGGCAGAAGAAAUUGGUUUCCAAGUUGAAAUCUUGAAGCCAGACCCUACAACCGAGCUGGCAAAGAUUUAUCGGGUUCUCAAUAAUAGUGAUGCUAUGAUCGGUGUACACGGUGCUGCUAUGACGCAUCUCCUGUUUAUGAGGCCUGGAACUGUAUUCAUCCAAGUUAUCCCUCUUGGUACUGACUGGGCUGCUUAUACUUACUAUGGUGAACCUGCAAUAAAGCUUGGUCUCAAGUAUGUUGGCUAUAAAUUACUACCAAAGGAGAGUUCCUUGUAUGGAGAGUAUGAUAGAAAUGAUCCAGUCCUCACAGAUCCUGAUAGUGUGAAUGCCAAAGGUUGGCAAUUCACUAAGAAGAUCUAUCUUGAUGGCCAGAAGGUUAAACUGGAUCUCAAAAGAUUCCGCAAGAGAUUGGCUCGUACCUAUGAGCACACCAUUGCCCAAAGAACACGAAUGCAACGACAAAACCCACAAUGAUCUUCAAAGCUUCCAGUCUUUCCUUAAUCUGGUCUUUCUCUACCCAUUACUUAAUUGUUUGAUACCACUGUUCCAUUGAAUUUCAUAUGUUCAACAUAAGAAAGAAGAUUGUAAAGCUUUUGUAUGUAGUGAUCUGUUUCUCCUGUCUCUUCUUUUGUAUACCUGUACAAAAUAAAGAAGAAAAAAAUAGGCGCCCAAUUUUUAUUUA